GAUUAUCACAAAAAUGUAUUUCGUAUGCAGGUGUUUCUUCACAAAUAACAUUUUUAUUCAGAGAUAUAAUCUACACGUUACUUACCAUGACAAUCAACAGUUUGAACGUGAUUAUCUACAGUUACUAAGAAAACGUGGAUGUGAUUCAAAGGAGAAGGUACAAGAAGUUUAUGAAGAAAUUCAGAGGGAAGUUGACAGAAGAAAACGUCUCCAAGAAGACAGUUUAAAGAGAAAAGAAAUAAUUUCGACCAAAUAUAAACCCCGACACCCUGCAAUUUACCAUUUAAAGGAGGAAUAUCUGUCAACUGAAUUCUUAGACCUUGUCAGCUUCUGUAAAUCUAAUAAAACUGCAUCAUAUGACGAGUUUGUUAGCAAAAUCAACAUUUGUGCAGAUCGAGUUUACGCCUUUCCUUUCUUCACUGAUGAGUUCUGCCGCUUGUUUGUAGAAGAAAUUGAACACUUUGAAGAGAGCGACAGUCCGAAAGGACGACCAAACACGAUGAAUAAAUACGGGGUACUUCUGAAUGAGAUUGGAUUCGAUGAGAAUUUCUUGUCACCUCUGCGAGAGAACUAUCUGACACCAAUCACCAGCCUCCUUUAUCCGGACGGAGGCGGGGCCAGCCUAGACACCCACAAGGCAUUUGUUGUGACCUAUAAACUAGGCGAAGAUACGGACCUGAACUAUCACUAUGACAACGCAGAAAUCACCUUAAACGUUUCAAUGGGAAAGGAUUUUACUGGUGGUGAACUGUACUUCGGAGAUAUGUUUGAACCUCACAAGGCAUCUUGUCAGAGUGUGAAAUAUACAGAGUACUCGCACAGGCCAACCAUAGCCCUGCUUCAUAGAGGGCAGCACAGGCACGGUGCAUUACCAAUAACUAGUGGUGAGCGGUACAAUUUAAUUAUGUGGAUGCGAUCAUCGGUCAUAAGAAAUAGUCGCUGUCCCAUGUGUUACAACGAACCCGAUCUAAUUCCCUCCGUGGGGUUCGGUGAUGGAUUUACAAAGCAAGAAGACAUUGUUAAUGUUUGUACUGUUUAAUCAAUCAUAAGCUUAUUAAAAAGUAUUGCACACAGUUUUAAAUAUUUUCAGACAUAAAAUUAUUAUAAAGGAUAUGGAUGUAAAAUACUCUCGAAUAGUGCAAAAUGUACAAUUUAUCACAUUCAUCAACAAGUAAAAUACACAGUUUCAAAGGGGGAAAACUGCAUGACAGUAUUGAACAGUAUGAAAGGUUACAAAACCGAUUCCCAUAUAAUUAUUUGAAAAAAGUCUUAUGCAGUGGAGAUAUUAACCAUUACCUAUUCUGGAGCCGCAAAAUGAGGCUAAAAACGUUCAUUGAAAAUGUUUGAAGAAUCCACGAUCCACUCAUUAAAGGGGCCUUGACACAGACGCACUGUUGUUUUAUUUACAAUUUUUAAAUUUCUAUAUUUUUAUUCAAAAAGGAACCUCAGUUUAAUGAAUUGACCUUAUAUGGAAGUUCUUGAAAUUCUGUGACAACGACAUUCUUCAUAGCAUUACGUCAAACAUCUAUGUUCGUUAACAUGGACCCGAGUCUUAAUUGUAAUUGUUUAAUGUAUAUGUUUUACAAGGUAUAUUCAAUUUGUUAGCUCUGCACACAUCACUGAACACGAGCUGACAACACUGGUGUAUUGGUUUUGCUUUCUCACAUUUCUGCUUUGAAUUUUCUACAUUCAAGUUGGAAUAUUUUUCAUUAAUACACAACAAGGUUUCCACUUUUCUUAUAUAUAAAGGAUAAAUUUUGCUUCGCGAAAGUGCAAGGGUAUGUGUCAAUGAAAUGCGUCCCGAAAUUCGUAGUUUUAGUAAUUUUCAGAUAAAAGAAGUUUCUAAACAUACUUUUAUAAUACAUGUAUAACGGUCAGAAAUUCUCUAGCAACAGGUAAGUCAUGAUAUUAUAGCGAAAAUUUUAUAAAAUAUUAACCUCACAAUCUGUGUCCAAGCCCCUUUAAAAAAUACCAAUAUGGGUCAAGAUCGAACUUUUAAUACGAAAUUUAUGCAAUGUAUUCCAUAUUGUAAUUUACAAAUACUUCACUUUUUUUAUGCAUAAGUUUUAUCAUGUAAUUACCUGUCAAUAUCAAUAUUUGUUAAAACAUUUUUGUAAUCAAUAAACAUACAUGUGCUACAUUUAUUUUCAACACCCACAUCCAUUUUUGUCUCAAAAUUAUUUUUCA